GACACGACAGAUUACAUACUUUAAAUGCAAGAAUUACGUUUUAAGUAAUACCAGCUUCGGACUUAGUUGUUUAACUUCCUCAAUAAUAAAAAAAUUUCAAAUUUAACAAUGUCUGAAACUACUGUUCCCAUAGCAAUUACUGGAGGUUCAUAUAAUGAAUAUAUUAAUUGGAUUGAAGAAGCUAUCGAUAAAAAACAUAUUAGAUAUUACGAAUAUGAAAAUUUUAAUAAUAUUGAAGAAAUUGGUUCAGGAAAAUUCGGAAUAGUUUAUCGUGCGACUUGGAAAAAUUCUCAUAAUUAUUUAGCUUUAAAAUCCUUUUUUAAUUUAAACAAUAUCACAAUUAAAGAAAUUGUUAAUGAGCUUAAACUUCAACGUGAAGUGGAUUUCCAUGAGAAUAUUAUUCAUUUUUUCGGUCUUACAAGAGAAAAUCAAAAUGAUAAUUCAAAAAAAUAUUGGUUAGUAAUGGAGUAUGCUAAUAAUGGUACUCUUCAAGAGUAUUUGGAGAAAUAUUUUAAUACUCUUACCUGGAAUGAUAAAUUCAACAUGGCACUUCAGCUGGCUCAUGCUGUAUUAUGUCUUCAUGACGAAGGAAUCAUGCAUCGUGAUCUGCACUCUAGAAACGUAUUAGUCAAUCAAAAUACCAUCAAAUUGGCAGAUCUUGGACUAUCAAAAAGGAUUGAUGAAGCAAAUAAUUCACGACUAGAAUUUGGUGUACUAGUUCCAUAUAUUGAUCCAAAAAAAUUCGGGUUUCAACCAUACUCUUUAAGUAAAAAGAGCGAUAUUUAUAGUAUAGGUGUACUUCUGUGGGAGAUAUCAAGUGGUCAGCCACCAUUUAAAGACUUAUCAUCCUAUGAUUUAAUUGUACAAAUUUCGCAAGGCCUUAGAGAAACACCCGUUCCUGGUACACCCAACACUUAUUUAGAUCUUUAUACUGAAUGUUGGAAUGGAGAGCCAGAUAAUCGUCCAAAUAUUAAUCAAAUAGUUGCUAAAUUAAAAGAAUUAAAAUAUAAUCUAACUAAUGAUGAUUUUAGAGUAAUGGUUGAUGAGAUAGUCGAUCUUUCUAGUAAAAUAAAAGAUGAUGAUGAAGAAAAACAAAAAAUACUUAGUUAUCUUGAUAAUAAAAAUGUAACAUCACAAGAAUUUUAUAAUUGGAUAUUAAACGAUCAAGAUAAUACAAAUUCAAUUGUUUUACUUGCAGAUUUUAAUUAUUUAGGAAUUGGAAUUAAUUCUAAUAAAAGAAAAGCAUUUGAAUUAUAUCAAAAAGCUGCAAAUUUAGGAAAUAUAUUUGGAAUAAUUAGUUUAGGAUAUUGUUAUCAAUAUGGAAUUGGAACAAUUAUUGAUGAAAUUAAAGUAUUAGAAUCAUAUCAAAAAGUAGCAGAUUUAGGAAAUUUAUAUGGAGUAAAUAGUUUAGGAUAUUGUUAUGAAGUUGGAAUUGGAACUAAUGUUGAUACAAAAAAAGCAUUUGAAUUAUAUGAGUCGGCAGCAAAUUUAGGAAAUACAACUGGAAUAAAUAAUUUAGGAUAUUGUUAUCAAAAUGGUAUUGGAACUAAUAUUGAUAAAAGAAAGGCAUUUGAAUUAUAUCAACAUGCAGCAAAUUUAGGAGAUAGUGAAGCCCAAUAUAAUCUUGCUUCAAUGUAUGAAAAUGGAGAAGGUAUUGCGAAAGAUAUUUACCAAGCAAUUUAUUGGUAUAAAAAAUCUGCCAAACAGGGAACUAAGAUUGCACAAGAUCAAUUAAAUAAACUUCUGGCAUCUGAAGAUAUUCAAUUAUUUUAUUCUUAGUUAAUGAAACUUAUAUUAAUAAACAAACUUUAUAUCAAGUUUAAAAAUUGAGGGAUUUAAUGAGUGACGUUUAUCUGAAUAUCAGAAUAUCAGAAUAUAGUAAAUUAAAUUAUUUAAAUGGUGCGCUUCUUAAUUAGCUAAAUCUCGUCCUAACGAACGGUAUUUAAUACACGUGUAGUACACUCUGACUCUCACUACGUAAAAAAAUUAUGAUAGAUUUAUGGUUAAUAAAAAAAUAAGUGUAAUUGGUAAUAUAAAUAAUAUAAAUAAAUAAUAAUAAAAACUAGCUUAUUUUAAUUGC